AUGUUAGUUAAGGGAUUUGAAUUCAAUCCGAGCGGCGAAGAUUUGAUCAAUUUCUACCUUUAUCCAUGGGUGAAGCAACAGGUGCCGUGGAAUGAGAUCUACGGUCCAUCGUCGGAUCCGUGGGUGGUUUUCUAUGACGUGGAGUCGCGUUGGCACUCGAGGUUGGAGGAGAAGGGCGCCAUCAAGUACACCAUAUACGCCUUCACAUUUCUCUCGAGGGUUUCCAACUCGAAGAGGGUUUCUCGAAGGGCAGGGACCGGGACUUGGCACGGCCAAACGGGCCCCGAGAUGAUCCAAGAUUCCAAGAACGGCCAAAUCAUCGGCCAAUCCAAGAUGCUGGCCUUCAAGCACCCGGGCUUGGAGGCUGAUUUCGGCCAUUGGACGAUGCAUGAAUAUUCCCUUAGCGAUGAUCUAAUUAGGUCAAGCGGCGUACCAAACGCAGCCGAUGUCGUCGCGGGCAAGAUCACCAAGACCGAACAACAAGAAAUCCGGUGUGCAGCCGCCGUUGGCCGAGAUUAG